GAAGGUCUAAAUAUUUCGUUGAAGUAAAAGAUAUAUUAAUAUGAAGGUACUGGUGUGUGGUGGAGCUGGGUAUAUCGGUACCCAAUUUGUGCGGUGUCUCCUCCGCAGGACACAACACUCGGUGAUUAUUGUGGAUUCUCUCGAGGCGACACAUGGGGACGCUUCUCAUGUUGAUACUGAGGAGAAUUGGAAGAAAAAGCAGAUUAACUCCAAGUUGGGAGAUGGAGACACAGCUGGAAAGCGGUUCGCCCUUUUGGAGGUUGGCGAUGUCCGGAACGAGGAGUUCCUCAACGGAGUGUUCACAAAGCACGGACCUAUUGAUGCAGUGGUGCACAUGUGUGGGUACAUCGCCGUGGGGGAGAGCACCCAAGACCCGCUGAUGUAUUACGACAACAACGUCAUCGGGAUGAUCCGUCUGCUUCAGACGAUGCGGCGUCACGGCUGUGAUAAGUUGAUUCUCUCGAGUUCAGCUGCUCUCUUUGGAAACGUGUUGCAGAACCUUGAAAGGAAUACCAAUGCUCCAGACACAGGGAAACACGCACCUAUUGUACCGAUUAUGCCGGAUGCAGCGCGGAAACCCGAAAGUCCAUACGGUCGAACCAAAUACGUUGACGAGAUGAUGCUCGAGGAUUGCGCCACGGCGUACGGCAUCAAGUCGGUGUGCCUGCGGUACUUUAAUGCAUGUGGUGCUGACGAAGAAGGUGACAUCGGCGAGACUCACGAUCCCGAGACCCAUUUGAUUCCUCUCAUUCUGCAGGUUCCCCUGGCGGACCAGAUCAAUGCCUAUAACGCGAAACAUCAUCCAGAGCGACGUCAGGCGCGGUCUUACAUCUCUGUUUUCGGUACAGACUACGACACCCCAGAUGGAACCUGUAUUCGCGAUUAUGUUCACGUCUUUGACUUAUCUAUGGCACACAUCCAAGCCCUUGAUUACCUUGCCAGUUUGAAGCCCGAGGAUAAGAAUAAAUUCUUCUUAGCCUUAAAUCUCGGAACUGCGAAGGGAAAUUCUGUAUUGGAAGUUAUCGAAGCCGCUCGGCGUGUGACGGGACAUCCAAUUCCAAUAAAAGAGGAGCCUCGGCGUGAAGGGGAUCCACCCGUGCUCGUUGCCUCUGGUGAAGCCGCAAAAGAGAUUCUUGGGUGGAAGCCUGAGUACGACACUAUUGAUAAGAUUAUUGCUUCUGCAUGGAGGUUCCAUUCAAAGCAUGUGAUGGGAUAUGAAAAAAUUGACUAAAUAUACAGGUCUAUAGAACCAUUUGACGAGCAAAAGUAUUGAUAUUGGAAUUUUUUAAUUUAAUUAUUAUAUUAUUGAUAUUGAAAUUUUUAAUUUAAUUAUUAUAUUAUUGAUAUUGAAAUUUUUUUAUUUAAUUAUUAUAUAAUUUUCAAAAUAAGUCACUAUAUUAGACCAGAAGUUAUUGGGAUAAAUAAAAGGCUAUAUCUGGUCUAACUAUUUUUGUUAUAUGCAUUUUUUUAAUUUCUACACUUCAAUGCUG